AUGGGUGAGUUGGGUGAAUGGGUUUUAGGAGAUAGGAUUGGGGAGGGGGGUUUCGGGUGUGUGUAUAAGGGUUACCCACUCAAGCUUGAGAAUGGGGCCCCUGGUAUCAUGGCCGUUAAGGUUGCAGAGGCCUCUCAUCCAUUCAAGGUUGAUGCUUUGUUGGAUGAGGCCAAGCUCCUUUCUCUCUUUCACCACUGCCCUUUUGUCAUCAAUUCUUACGGUCAACAGUGGGCUUCUUCCUCUCUCAAUUUGUUUUUAGAAUUUGCCGCUGGAGGCACCAUUAGAGAUAGGAUUGACAAUUCUGCAUUGUCCGAAUAUGAGAUUAAGGAGUUCACUAAGUCUGUGCUUAGUGGUCUCCAGUGCAUUCAUGACAAAGGUUAUGUGCACUGCGACAUAAAGCCCGACAAUAUUCUUCUUGUCCAUGGUAUGGAUUCUCCUGUCGAUUUCAUGGCUAAGAUAGGAGACUUUGGAUUAACUAAGAGUGCUCAGAACUUGCAUUCUCGCCAAGGCACUAAAUGGUAUUUGCCUCCUGAAACUGUUCUCUGUAACAUUCAGGGGAAACCAUCUGAUAUUUGGGCAGUAGGAUGUCUAGUUCUAGAGAUGUUGACUGGUUCGUUGUGGACUUGUAAGUCAACUGAGUACCUAGGCGUUUGGGCUUCUAAUCCAGUUAUUCCUUCACACUUGUCUGAUGACGCCAAGGAUUUUUUGGCAAAGUGUCUAGAUGUAGAUGCUUACAAGAGAUUUACGGCUCGGCGUCUCUUAGCUCACCCAUUUCUUAUGAGUAAUCAGAGUGUUGAACAAUUACCCAAAUCGCCUACAUUGUCACAAUCUCAGCGUUGUCAUAAUCGGUUGCCUAGUUUUAUACCCUUAGGGGACUCUAGCUCCCAUGAGGCACAAAUGCCCAUUGAGAGUUCUGGAUUAGAUGAUGAUACCAUUUUCCCUUUGGCACUCAUGUCAAGACCUGUAAGACAUGCGGUUGCAGACAAAUGGUGCAAAAAGCCAACAACUUUUGCUGUAAUGGGCGCUGCAUAGUUUCACAUAUUUCCAGAAUCAUAGCCAGUAAGUUGUUUAUAAUCUAGGGUCUCCUAAGGUCAAAUGGACUCUGAAAGCGUUUUGUGCAAUCUGUGGUUUCUUACGGAUGAGGCAGCCUCACUCUCUUGAUUUCUAUCUGGCUUUGCCUUAAGAACAAUUUUCUAUUCAGCCUCCUCCAACUCGAAUGGUUAUUUCCCUUCUACUUAACAUAGACCGAUUCAGAUCGUUUUUUAUUUUUAUUUUUCUUUGUUCAUGGAACACAAGAAAACUCGAUAAAGGAAGCGUUGAAGAAUAGUCAGUUUCCUUGGUUUGAAUGCCGGGCUUAUUUUUGGAGGAGAAACGCAUAGUUUCUGGGAUCUGCGUGCUCCCUGGUUAGAACCUCUAAGGGGUUGUUUUAUAUUAGUCCCUAGGAAAAGCUAUAUAACUGAGUUGAACGACACUUAUUGACUGAACUGCUGGCUAGUUCACAAUGUUUAUAUCUCAUGAUUUCAUUUGACCAGCCUCAUGGUACAGGAUUAGGUUGUUAGAUAUUUUGAAAUACUAUAUGCUUCUGUUAUUUGUCCAGGUGGAGGAAUGAUUCUGAAUUUGGUGGACACAUUCUAUACAGAAGGGGCAAUGUAUCAGGUGGACUUUCACCGCAUGGGAAAUUUGGCGUGUUUGUCUAUUUCUGAAGGGGAACAGAGUGAAAAAGUUCUUAUCCAUGUAUUUGGAUGUCGCAGAUUCCUCAACAUUACCGUCUGGGUGGACUAGCUUUAGCAGCAACUUUUUGCCAAACCAGUCUUCCUGCAGCACUUGUUCUUUUUAUUUCAGUUGUAUUCCAAGGUUGCUGGUUUAUGAACAUGGGAUUCAUGCUCUGGGUUCCUAAGCUUGUUCCAAAGGGUUGUGUUGUCAGUUUCAUUGAGGGUAGCAUUGAUAACGUGCUUGGAUCAUCAGUAACUUGUAGAUCAAGUGAGUCUGAAUUUAGAGCAAGGGCAUUGGCCAACUUGCAGUUUAGUUGGAUACUUUCUGGGAUUUUGAUAUUCAUAGCAUGUACAUGCCUGAAGUUUGCUGGCAAAUGCAUUCAAAGAGACCUGUCUAUAGAGAGUAUGAGCAACUCCAUAGUAGCAGAGGAGCAGAUGUCCGAAUAGUAAUAAAUGAUUUCAAGGGAGCUCAUCCUUAGAAAAGUUGG